CAGCAGAUGGUGCUACGUCCUUAUCCUUGUGGUUCUCAGGUCUGCGCUUUCUCCAUAAAAUGCGGAAGUGAAACAAUUUCAUUUGAUGCCAUUCCGGAGGACAGGAGUGAGCUACAAUAAUUGAUCGUUUACAAUAUAAUAUAAUUGUGGGAAAUUAAAUAGCCUAGCGGAAUAUAUCGCUCAAUCAAAACAUAACGGCAGCCGAGUUGAGAUGGAGAGCCGUCGCACAGUAACACGAAGGUCGAGAAAUCAACGCAUCCGACUCAUCAAAUGACAUCGCCGCACGCUCGUUUGCCAACCGGUAGCCUGGGUGUGGUGGGCUCGAGGGCGGUCAGUGUUUGGUGUCAACAAACGAACACUUUCACAUCCUCGCGCUCGGAUUGUUCCACGGAGGCGGUGGGACGGACAUAGUCGCCCCAUGCCCCGCUUCCCGGGGAGGACUGCAGACGUGGCCGCUAACCUGACUUCCCCGGUGCUGGGUCGGCCACUGUGCGCUAACGGAACGCCCUGGAUCCUCUACCUGUUCGAGGAAUGCGUGGACAAUGUGUGGGAAUACUGGAGCGUAGUCAUCGGGUUGAUCUCAAUGUUUUGUUUCCUGCUGUCUACUCUACCGCAAGUCUACGAGGCUUAUCGCAAUGGUAAAGUGGAGGAGGCCAUGUCUUUUGGCUUCCUGCUCUUCCUCUUCAGUGGGGACCUCAGCAGUCUAAUAGGCUGCGUCCUGACCAGCCAGCUGCCCAUCCAGAUUGUGACAGUAGUGUUCUACAUCUUCACUGAUCUCCUGCUCAUCUCCCAGUUCCUCUACUACAAGAUCAAGAACAACUCAUCUAAAAAGCGCCCCACAUUGAAGUGGUUGUGUUUCCUGUGGUGCGGGGCUUCCACUGUGGCCCUCCUGAUUCUCCCCAAGUUCAUCACUGACAACAACACCUCUGCCAACACUCAGAGUGCCUCUAACAGCGUGGAGAUCUCUGGUUAUGCCUGUGGAUACCUGGCCUCCAUAUUCUACCUCUCCUCUCGUUUUCCGCAGCUCUACAAAAAUUUUAAGCGGCAGUCUACAGAGGGCACGUCGUACAUGCUGUUUGCCCUGGCCAUGAUGGGCAACGGGACCUACGGCCUCAGUGUCAUUGUGGUUCUACCAGCUCUGGCCGGUUCCAAACAGACCUUCAUUCUCAAACAUCUGGCCUGGCUCAUCGGCAGCCUGGGAGUCCUCCUUCUAGACUUCUUUGUCACCGCCCAGUUCGUCAUCUACAGGAAGAACCGCUCCACUAUAACCAGCAAGAAGAUGAACGUUCCUGAAGUAGAACCUCUGCUCUGUGAAGAGGAGGAGCUGUCCACGUUCUAGAGUGUGAACAAUAUGGAAGUUCUAGAGUGUGAACAAUAUGGAAGUUCUAGAGUGAGAACAAUAAGCUCAUUCUAGAAAUCCUCUCCAUAAUCAAUCAAUCAAAUGUAUUUAUAAAGCCCUUUUUACAUCAGCUGAUAUCACAAAGUGCUGUACAGAAACCCAGCCUAAAACCCCAAACAGCAAGCAAUGCAGAUGUAGAAGCAUGGUGCUUUGAAAAGCUCCCUGUUGACUGGAGACCUAGAAUAAUCCGACAGAUGUGAUAGUACACCAGUGUUCCCGCCGUUGAAGUACAGGUGAAUUAAAGGGGCCGUCUUAUAUUUGAGGAAUGUAAUCUCAGUAGAACUCUUCUCUCUCUCUUUGUAAGGGGGGGGGUCAUGUGACCUAUUCACUAUGCUAUUUCCUAGUACACUACAGGCCUAUUGUCUGUGUCUCACAUUGCUCUAGUCUAGUUUGUCAACGGUUAGAGCUCUUGUGGUUUCCAUGGUAAGAUAUGCAGUACACUGAACUGUUCACGCAGCGUUGUCGUCUAGGUAAACCGUACAAUAGAGGACCACAACAUUGGUUGUUCCUGUAUGUAGGUUUAGAAAUGUAUCACAUUGACUAUUGAUGUGCCGUAAAGUAGUGGGCUGCACCCACAGUAAUGUAUUUUCCACUUGUGGUGAAUUUGUUAUAGUUUACCCUGGUUUUGUUCUAUGAGCAGAUUCGGUCGUAAUAGAAUCCCUAUAUAAGUUGUAGUUGGUAAAUUGCUUGGGGUGUUACACAGUGUUUAGAUUGUGAAAGUGCAGUGGGUUAGGCCUGAUAUCCUGUGCCUUCCAUCUACAUCUAUUCAUGUGUUGCUGCAGUGGAGGUCUGAAGGCUGUUUGAUGUGUUCAGGCUGCUGCUUUUAAAGCCAACAGUUAUUUGGCUGAAAUCUAACCGUUUUAACUGAACAUCCUGUUUUUCCUUAUCUCCUCUCCUUAUGUUAUGGCCCAGUCAUUUUACUUUCAGUGUCCACAAAGGAAGGGAGGAAGGAGGGUUUUUACAGUAUUGCGUCACAGCCUUAUUGUGGAGUUGUGUCCAGGGGUGUGUUCACUAGGAACCAAAUGGAACAAAACGGGGAAGGGGCCUACCUGAAUUUGUCCAAUAGAAACUCUCAUUUUCGUUGCAAAAAUAGUUCGUUUAGAGUAAGCGUUUUGAAACGGAAACCGUUUUACUCUAAAUGGAAAAUGUGUGUGACUAAUGAAUACACCCCAGUCUUCUAUGUGUGUAGUCACAUGUUCAGAAAGCGGUGGAUCAAGGUUGUGUGGGAACUGGGACCGUUUUAUAAGUUGAUGUGUCAUAACUUGGUAACAUGGAGUCAUGAUGAGGGAAUAGAACGAUAGAGACCAAUGAUUCGUUACGUUUUUGUACAGGUCACAUCACUGUUGUUAGUGUGUCAUGGAUGUGAUUGGUUGAUUGACAGCACAGAUUUCUCUACCUCGUCUUUCAGGUUUGUUAAUCUGGCCCAGGUUACCCCGGUGGGAGGAGUUGGAACUGGGUGAAAAGUGAUUUGUAUUUAUUUUAGAAUCGGGCUGCCUCCUGGGUGUGAGCCAGUGCCCCACUCUGGUCGCUGGCGAAGUCAGCUCAAAACAAAAGUGACGUAAUUAAGCAUGUGGAAAGAUGAGUAGGAUUCUGUUUUCACAUGCUAAAGUGAUUGCUUUUGAUAAAAAUAAAAUAAAAAAAACUAUCUGCCUUCUCAAUUAAAACUAGUUUGACAAUUCAAACAUUUUAUUUUAUGGAAAAUAGGUUAUGUUUCUGGACGAUACACCAUGCUGCCUUGUUGACAUGACCGAGUGGCUCAGAUUACUGUUUGAUUUGAGAAGGGCGCUCCUGCAUCCCUGCUAUUUCACCCGGUGACGUGAUGGGCCAUUGCCCGGUUCAACCUGGGCCAGUGUAAUAGAAUUCCCUCCGUGUCAUAGGAGUCGUCCCUGGUGAAAAUGUAAAUAUGAAUCUAUUUAAGUGUUGGACAGAUAUAUAAAGGAGUGCUUGUGUGUUUUUUUUUUUUAGGAGCGCAAACAUGACAAAACAUGUGACUAAGUAUUUAUUGGUAGAGAUAGUCUAGUUACAGCUGGGCUUUAAUAAGCACAGUUGUGAUUGGUGGACUUUCCAUGUGUAAAAUAAGGAGUAUUUCUACUUUUAAGUGACGUAUUGAAAAAGCUCAAAAUGUGGUCUUUGGAAAAAUAGCUGUUUGCAAAAUGGCUGCCCAGCAAAUGAUUGUGGCCAUGGUCAUGAAACGUCAGGAAAGCCAUGAACGAAGAGAAAUUAUGAUGGCACUUAUUUUCUCUGAUAAACCUGUAGAUAAUUGUAGAUUUUGUUGAUUAUUUUAAAGGUAAUUAUCAGUUGUUUCAGACAAAAAUUUUUUUUGCCUUUCUCUUGAUAAAUUAAGUUUCAUUCUGGUUUGCUCAAAGCCUGGCCUCUCUCCAAUGUGUUUUCUAUAGACAUCUUCCAAACCAUAGAAUGGAAUGAGAUAUUUAUUUAUAGUCUCAAGAACAAGAAAAAUGUAUGAAAUUAUUUUUACUUGAAUAAUGACACUGUAUUGCUCUUUUAAGAUACACAUGAAUUUAUACUUAACAUGGUAUUGUAUUUUCCUUAUGCUUUGGCCUAUGCGUUACUUGCAAUAUUUAUCUCAUUGACGAUAAUGUCCCAGCAUCUCAGCUUUUGUAGUUUAUUGUACACCAAGUUAAGCAUUCCAAUAUGAUGCUUAUGUAACAAACAAACAUCUCAAUAAAGUCCGAAUUAUAUCCAA